UUAAUUUCUCUUGACUUGUCUUCUGAGCUGAUUACUCUUGAGUUGUCCGACAUAGACAACUUCGUUCAAAACUUAACUAUGCUUAGAGAACUUGAUCUCUCUCGUGUAAGCAUGUUAUCGCCAUUCCCCCAUGUACUUGCAAACUUCUCCUCUUUGAAGUCGCUUAGACUUGUAGUAUGUGGAUUGACCGGAGAAUUUCCGGUAAGCAUCUUUGAGUUACCAAACCUGGAAAUUCUCGACAUCAGUGUCAAUUUCAACCUUUUUGGUUUUUUUCCAGAAAAACAGUGGGGUAGUCCUCUGAAAUCAUUGUCUCUUCAGGGCACGAACUUUUCAGGGGAAAUACCUAUGUCGAUAGGAAACCUUGUUUUGUUAAAUGAGUUAUCAAUUGGGAAUAGUUAUUUCUCGGGUUCACUUCCCACUUCACUAGGUAAUCUUUCUCAACUUGCUCUUCUGGAUACAUCAUACAACAAAUUUCAAGGUGAAAUCCCCGCUUCCUUCGCUAACCUUUCCCAGCUGUCAUAUCUAGAUCUCUCGUUCAAUAAUUUCACUGGUGAUCAUAUUUUGCAUUGGCUUGUCAACUUGGCAAAACUCACCCAUUUGAAGCUUUCAGGUGUUCAGCUAAGUGGUCGAAUUCCAUCUUCAAUUAUGAACCAGACGCAGUUGGUUGAGCUUCACCUUCAAUCCAACAAUUUGCAAGGUGAAAUUCCAAACUCAUUAUGGGGACUCAAGGAUCUUGAAAUUCUGAAUCUUUAUGGGAAUAAUUUGAGUGGCACUGUGGAUUCACACAAACUCAAGAACUUGAAAUAUUUAUUUUUGGACUUCAACAACAUCUUUUGUCAGCAAGACCGAGAUCAAUGCCACCCUUCCACAACUUUUCUGGUUAAGAUUAGAGUCAUGCAACUUACAUGAGUUCCCAAAGUUUUUAGGCUACCAAAGCAGAUUAGAGCGGGUAACUCUAGCACACAACAAAAUCAAAGGGAGUAUUCCUACGUGGAUGUGGAAAGGUAGCAGAGAAUCCUUGAUCUAUAUGGAUCUUUCUCACAAUUUUCUAAUUGGCUUUGAAAACAACCGGAUCAAUUUGCCACUACCCAAGUUGAGCUAUCUUGACAUUAGUUCGAACUUGCUUGAAACAGCACUCCCCACUCCACCUCCAUCCGUAAAUUAUUAUAAUAUCUCCAACAACUUCCUCUUUGGAGAAAUUCAAUCUAUUUGUAGAGGAAGAUCCCUCGUCAUUCUUGAUUUGUCCAUCAAUAGUCUCAAUGGCACAAUUCCCUCAUGUCUGGGAAAUAUUGAUUCUUUGUCAAUUUUGAAUCUCGGGAAAAAUAAACUUGAGGGCAUGAUUCCUCAUGCUUAUCCAAAAGGUUGUGCAUUGAAGAUGAUUGACCUCACAGAGAAUCGAUUGCAAGGGCCCGUCCCAAGAUCUUUGGCGAAUUGUACGAUGCUGGAGUAUUUGAACCUUGGUUACAAUCAAAUUCUCGACGGGUUCCCUUUAGGCCUAUUAGAAUUGACCAAGCUGAAAGCUAUUAUCUUGAAAUCCAAUAAGUUCCAUGGUCCAAUAGAAGCACAUCGAAGCCAGUUUAACUUCAGCAAUUUGCAUAUCCUGGACCUUUCCAACAAUAGAUUCAAUGGUGAACUUCCUUCCAAGUUGUUGCAGAGUUUCCAUGCCAUGAAAGUAAUUGUUGCUCAAGAUCAUUUGCAAUAUAUAGGUAUUGUGCAAUUUUAUGGUCCAUCCCAGAAUUCAAUAUUUGCAGAAUAUGAAAUGAGAUUGAUGAAUAAAGGCAUAGAGAGGGAAUACUCGAAGGUUCCAUAUGCCCUUAUGGGAAUUGACCUCUCCAAUAAUAAAUUCGAAGGACACAUAUCUGAUCUCGUUGGAGAUUUGAAGUCACUUAUUUGGCUUAACCUUUCAAACAACAUUCUCACCGGUUGCAUUCCACCUUCCUUGGCAAAUCUGACAAUCCUUGAAUCUCUAGAUCUUUCUCAAAACAAGCUCUCAGGGGAGAUCCCUCAACAGCUAGUCCAGCUUACAUUCCUUUCAUCUUUCAAUGUCUCUCAUAAUCGACUGUCGGGACGAAUACCACAAGGGAGUCAAUUCAACACAUUCGGGAUAGAUUCAUAUGCCAUGAAUGAGGGAUUAUGUGGAAGUCCUUUGCCAAAAAACUGCAGAACGACUGUGGAUAUAGUACCAAUAUCACCGCCUCUCGAGGAAGAAAAUGGCGAACAAUCUCUGUUCGACUUGGAUUGGAAAGUUGUGCUAAUUGGCAUUGGAGUUGGGUUUAUGGUCGGCGUUGUGCUAGGGAAUUUGAUCAUUGACGAGAAGAGCAGGUGGUUCUUGCACUACUCCAAAAGAAUGCGAAAAAGAUGGAAAAGAUUGGGAAGGCGCUAACGAAUAAGGAGCUGUGCCUUGUGCAUGCAGUCAAAUACUAAUAUGGCAUUGGUUAGUAAUUGUCGUGUGUCUGGCUUAUAUUAAAAAUUGUUACGAAUUUCUAUGAUUUGGAUUUAUGUUUGCUUCACGUGAA